AAUCAACACCCGCAAAACCCACAGCUAACUUUCUCUGUAAAGCCAUCGUUUAUGGAUCCCGGAGGCGAUUAUCACCGCUUUGCUACGACUGAGCCUCACCGCGUCGCCGAUCAAGAACUCGAUGCCAUCGUGGUCAAGUCUCCUUUUAAGAGGAAGAGUGAUGUAGCAGAUCAAGAAGUUGAGUCUGGUGACUGGGCCAGGCCUCCAGGGCACACUGAGGUGGUUGGCAGACCCCUCCAAACACCUGUAUCAGGAAAAGGGGGGAAUGCUCAAAAAACAUCAAGGCUAACAAAAAACAGUAAAUCUGGUCCUCAGGCUCCUUCAAAUCUCGGUUCUCCUGGCAAUAAUGUCACUCCUGGAAGUCCUUGCCGUUAUGAUAGUUCCCUAGGGCUUUUGACAAGGAAGUUCAUCAAUUUGAUUAAACAAGCUGAAGAUUGUAUUCUUGAUUUAAAUAAGGCUGCUGGUACCUUGGAGGUGCAAAAGAGGAGGAUAUAUGACUUAACCAAUGUUCUUGAAGGAAUUGGUCUCAUAGAAAAGAAAAUAAAGAACAAAGUUCAGUGGAAGGGGCUUGAUGUCUCAAGGCCUGGCGAAGUUGAUGAGAAUGUUGCCACUUUGCAGGCAGAGAUUGAGAACCUUUGUUUUGAGGAACACAGAUUAGAUGAAAAAAUCACAGAAAUGCAAGAAAGAUUGAGGAACCUUAGUGAAGAUGAAAAUAAUCAAAAAUGGCUUUUUGUGACUGAGGAAGAUAUCAAGAGCUUACCCUGCUUCCAGAAUGAAACGCUAAUAGCUAUUAAAGCUCCACAUGGAACCACUCUGGAAGUCCCUGAUCCUGGUGAGGCUGCUGAUUAUCCCCAAAGGAGGUACAGGAUUGUCCUUAGAAGCUCAAUGGGUCCUAUAGAUGUUUACCUUGUCAGCCAAUUUGAGGAGAAACUUGAAGAGAUACAAGGAGUGGAUCCACCUCCAAACUUUCCAUCAACUUCAGGCUUUAAUGAGAACCCUGUAACAACAAUGGUGCCGGAAGAGAGCAGAGGGAAAGACAUUGAAAUGAAGAGGCAGGACACUAGUAAAAUGUGCUCAGAUCUUAAUGCCUCACAGGACUUUGGCGGAUCGAAUGUAUCCUCUACUCUGAUGUGUUCGGAUUAAUGCUAUUUUUCCUCUUAUUGUUUUUAUUCCGUGACUCUUGGCUAUAGCUUUGAUCGAGUGGAACAAGUUUGAUUCGCUAAACGAGGACCAUGGCAUGGCUGCUGUUAGCUCACCAUGUCCACAAACGCCUCCAUCAAAUGUAACUGAAGUGCAUUUUGCUAACUCAACCGGGAAGUGACAAGCAUGUUUGCAUAUGUGAAAAUGAAGUUUCCUCAACUUGUUUUAUGUCGAGAGCAUAUCUGAUACUUUGGACAUUGGCGUGAAUGUUCGCAAAAAGUUGGCUACUUAAAGUUCCUCAAAGGAGGAAUCAAAGAACAUGUAGUAGGUAUCACAAUCACUGUACAGGAGUAAAAUACAAAUGAUCCACGUGAUCUUGGUAGUAAUAAGGUCAUAUUUUAUACAAGUCUCAGUAUAUUACUCCAUUCUAUUUUGCUUUUAUUGCAUCAACCAGAUCCUCUUGUCAGAUUGACUAGCAUAGCUCAUAUAGACAUCAUGAGGUGACAAACAACUGAUCUUCUGUACCUUGUUUUUUUCUGUAUUGAGAAAAUCUUGAUGAAAUAAAGAUGUAAUCAAUAUUCAGUGCAGAGCAAGCUUGUUUCUGAGAAGAUUUUCCACCUCUGCAUACCUGAAAUAUGCAAGCUGACGCUGGCUGCAAUGCAUUGCAUCACAUAAUACCU